GUGCAAUCAUUGCGGGGUCACAGUCAUUCUUGGGAUAAUUAUACGAGAUCAACAAGAUGCUGUACCUGAUUGGCCUUGGCCUCGCUGAUGAGAAAGACAUCAGCGUAAGAGGCCUUGAAAUCGUCAAGCGUGCUUCACGCGUCUAUCUCGAAGCCUACACCGCAAUCCUACUCGUAGAAAAGCAUGUUCUGGAAUCCUUCUAUGGUCGCGAAGUCAUUCUGGCUGACCGUGAAAUGGUCGAGUCGAACAGCGAAGCCAUCCUCAAAAGUGCGGAAAAGGAAGACGUUGCCUUUCUCGUCGUAGGCGAUCCAUGCAGCGCAACAACCCAUACGGACCUUCUGCUACGCGCGCGACAUGCCACACCUGCAAUCCCAACCCGUGUCCUACCGAACACGAGCAUUAUGACUGCUAUUGGAUGUACAGGGUUGCAGCUGUACAAUUUCGGCCAGACUGUCAGUAUGGUCUUCUUCACGGACAACUGGAAGCCGACGAGUAUCUAUGACCGCAUCAAGGAGAAUGUUGCGCAUGGAUUCCAUACUUUGGUGCUGCUAGAUAUCAAGGUCAAGGAGGCGAGUGAGGAGAAUAUGGCGAGAGGCCGCCCAUGGAUCUUUGAGCCGCCAAGGUUCAUGUCCAGUGCUCUAUGUGCCGAGCAGCUGUUGUACGUCGAAGGGGAGAGGAAAGAGGGGAUCUGUGGUCCGGAUAAUUUGGCAGUAGCAGUGGCAAGAGUUGGCAGUGAAGAGGAAAAGAUUGUGGCAGGGACUUUAGAAGAGCUUAGUACAGUCGACCUUGGGAAGCCGCUGCACAGCUUGGUUCUUAUCGGUAAGAAGGGGCAUGAGAUGGAGAUGGAAUAUGUGAGAGACUUCGCCAUUGACAAAGCCAAGUUCGAGGUAAUCUGGAAGAGAGACUAUGGCAAGUCGUAGACCACAUCCAUUCGCAAUUGAGCAGGACGGCGGCCAGCGCGUCGCCUGAUCCUCAACGUCUGCGACAAUGUCACAAACACGUUUGUAUUCAUCCGGCGUUCUUCCUUGCCACAUUCACCGAGCAUAACAUGCAUAGAGUAAGACCGAGAAUCAGUGAGAAUCCUUUUUAUAUGCUCCAAAUGUACAUAAGUAGUUCGAAGUUCGCAAUUCGGUGCACAACCUCUUCAUGAGGUAGUGUAUAGCACCAUAGAGCAGGGUUGUCCGAACUAUCCGCGUUAAAUGCGUGCUACGCCGUUCCGUGCGUUGGUAAUUUGCAUCAAUAGUCAGGAUUCCACAGUUCAAGCCUUCUUCUCCUCUUCUUCCUCCUCGU